CAGUCCGAGCAGCUUUCAGAAUGACAGUCUGCAGAAGUGAGCUGAGCGUGUGCACGGUACGGGGCUCUCCUGCCUUCUGGGCUCCAACGCAGCGCUGUGGCUGAACUGGGUGCUCAACACAGGAACAGCUGGGCUAUGGAAUACAGAUGUGGCCGCUCAGGUAGCCCCACGUUGCCUGAAGGAAUACAUCAUGCUUUCUGAUAAGAAGAAAUUGUAGAAGACAGUUUUUUUUUAGCCCCCUUCUUCUCCCCCCACCCCCAAAAACCUGUAAAGAUGCAAAAACGUAAUAUCCAUGAAGAUCCUAUUACCUAGGAAGAUUUUGAUGUUUUGCUACAAAUGCGCUUUUGGGAUUUAUUUGUUCUUGGAGUGUUCUGCGUGGCUGGCAAAGAAUAAUGUUCCAAAAUCGGUCCAUCUCCCAAGGGGUCCAAUUUUUCUUCCUGGGUGUCAGUGAGCCCUGACUCACUACAGUGCAGCUGACAGGGGCUGUCAUGCAAGUGGCCCCCUAAGCCAAAGCAAAAGACUUAAGGACGACCUUUGAACAAUACAAAGGAUGGGUUUCAAUGUAAUUAGGCUACUGAGCGGAUCAGCUGUAGCACUGGUUAUAGCCCCCACUGUCUUACUGACAAUGCUGUCUUCUGCCGAACGAGGAUGCCCUAAGGGCUGUAGGUGUGAAGGCAAAAUGGUUUAUUGUGAAUCUCAGAAAUUACAGGAGAUACCCUCAAGUAUAUCUGCUGGUUGCUUAGGUUUAUCCCUUCGCUAUAACAGCCUUCAAAAACUUAAAUAUAAUCAAUUUAAAGGGCUCAACCAGCUCACCUGGCUAUACCUUGACCAUAACCAUAUCAGCAAUAUUGAUGAGAAUGCUUUUAAUGGAAUACGCAGACUCAAAGAGUUGAUUCUGAGUUCCAAUAGAAUCUCCUAUUUUCUUAACAAUACCUUCAGACCUGUGACAAAUUUACGGAACUUGGAUCUGUCCUAUAAUCAGCUGCAUUCUCUGGGUUCUGAACAGUUUCGGGGCUUGCGGAAGCUGCUGAGUUUACAUUUACGGUCCAACUCCCUGAGAACCAUCCCUGUGCGAAUAUUCCAAGACUGCCGCAACCUAGAACUUUUGGACCUGGGAUAUAACAGGAUCCGAAGUUUAGCCAGGAAUGUUUUUGCAGGCAUGAUCAGACUCAAAGAACUUCAUCUGGAGCACAAUCAAUUUUCCAAGCUCAACCUGGCCCUUUUUCCAAGAUUGGUGAGCCUUCAGAAUCUUUACUUGCAAUGGAAUAAAAUCAGUGUCAUAGGACAGACCAUGUCCUGGACCUGGAGCUCAUUACAAAGGCUUGAUUUAUCAGGCAAUGAGAUCGAAGCUUUCAGUGGACCCAGUGUUUUCCAGUGUGUCCCGAAUCUGCAGCGCCUCAACCUGGAUUCCAACAAGCUCACAUUUAUUGGUCAAGAGAUUUUGGAUUCUUGGAUAUCCCUCAAUGACAUCAGUCUUGCCGGGAAUAUAUGGGAAUGCAGCAGAAAUAUUUGCUCCCUGGUAAACUGGCUGAAAAGUUUUAAAGGUCUGAGGGAGAAUACAAUUAUCUGUGCCAGUCCCAAAGAACUGCAAGGAGUAAAUGUGAUUGAUGCAGUGAAGAACUACAGCAUAUGUGGCAAAAGUACCACGGAGAGGUUUGAUCUGGCCAGGGCUCUCCCAAAGCCAACGUUUAAGCCCAAGCUCCCCAGGCCGAAACACGAGAGCAAACCUCCUUUGCCCCCCACAGUGGGAGCUACAGAGCCCGGCCCAGAGACCGAUGCAGACACGGAGCACAUCUCUUUCCAUAAAAUCAUCGCAGGGAGUGUGGCCCUUUUCCUGUCCGUGCUUGUCAUCCUGCUCGUUAUCUACGUGUCAUGGAAGCGGUACCCUGCCAGCAUGAAGCAGCUGCAGCAGCGCUCCCUCAUGCGAAGGCACAGGAAAAAGAAAAGACAGUCACUAAAGCAAAUGACUCCCAGCACCCAGGAAUUUUACGUAGAUUAUAAACCUACCAACACGGAGACCAGCGAGAUGCUGCUGAAUGGGACAGGACCCUGCACCUAUAACAAAUCAGGCUCCAGGGAAUGUGAGAAUCACUGCAGCAAAGAGAAAAAGUGAAUGGCUAUUUUUACCAGCAUUUUUAUAUAGUAUGAAGGAUUAUCAUAUGCUAAGAGAAAAAAAAAUCUAGGCAAGUCACUAUGAAAUAUAAUUGCCAGGAAGCCAGAUAAUUAAAAUCAUACUUCUGAAGCAAUAAAGAAAUAUAAACACUUAUAGUGGAUUUAUCAAGGUACUUGAAUUUUGAUUAAAUCUUAAAAUAGAUGCCAGUUUAGAAAAGCAUUAUGGCUAUAAUAUAUUUACUAAUGAAUAAUUAUUGAAUAUAUAUUUAUUAAUGGCAAAUAGCCAUAUAUUUCCAAUUAAUUAAUAAUGCAAAUACUUCUUUACAGUACUAUGAACUGGAUGAAUGAGUCUACUAUAAUGUUUUUCACUUAAGUUGUAAUUUAAAUUUUUUUCAUAAAGCAGUAAAUACAUAUUCCACCUAGAAAGAAAUUUUCUCUGGUCAGUCUCAUUUUUAUCUGUAUUAAGUUGGUUAUAUUAAUUAAAUGCAGUGAGAAAGCCCAUUUUUUUCAUUGACGAUAUUCUGCUUCAUUUGUGAUGGAUACCAAGUAUAUUUAGACAACACACAUUUAUACUUACAUUUUAAUUCAGAUGCUAUGGUACUACUACUAUAUAUAAAAUAUAUUUAUUGAAUGUAAAGUGUUUUUAAAAUUGAAAGCCAUUGUGAAUGACCAUUUUGAUGGCUGAUCAUUUUGUAAGCCUAACUUAUAAAUAUAAGAAUAGAUGGUAUAACUGAUUUUGAUUCUGGACAUGAAAUUACAAAAAAGUUCUUUUCUCCCCCUACUUUUGGGGAAGCAGCCUCUCCAGUUCUCAGUAUCUUCUGGAUACAAACAUGUAACUCUUGUAGAUUAGAUAUUAACCACUUCACCAUUGUAAAUUUGCAAAGCCAACUGACAAGUGUUCUGAUCAAAAGUUGUUACCCUCAACCUCCACCCCAUGGCACUUUCUGGACUACAGACCAUAAAUAUAUUUUCAUAAGUCUUUUAAACUCACUAUAUCUUAGGGAAACAUUAUUGAUAUUCAAUUUUCUAGGGUAAAUUCACGUUAAAUAUUGACCUCUCUGAAAGGCAACAACAGUUAAAAUAAAAGCCUGACAAGAGACACAUUGAUGCAGAAUGGACUCAGUUAGUACUCUGCAUGCUAUCAUGACAGAGAAGAAAUGCAGCUUAGUCUCUCUGAACUGCAUGUGAGGGUUUUUUCUCCCCAUUUUCUAAGUCCCAAUAAUCAUGGUGCUACCAUAGCAUAGAGUUAACAAUCCCAGUGCCACAAUCUUGUAAGCAAUACUGAUUAAAGAUACUUUCAUUUUAAGUGAGUUUGUUUUUUCCAAGGAUGUUUACUUUUUUUUCAUAGGAUUUAAGUCAUUUUUUGCUUGAUUUGUCGAGUCAACUACCUAGGUAGGCCAACAGGCAAUAAACUGUUUUUCUGUGGAGCACCAGUGACCUCCAGUGGCUGAUUAGACUAACCACAGUUUAUUCAUACAUCGCAGCUUUUUAUCCUCAAUCCUUGUAGAAAGGUACUUAACAACAGGUAUGUUGCCGUUUAUCUGUAUGCCAGAUUUGAAUUUUACUUAGCUGAUUUCUCUUGAAACAUAAUUAUUAUGUGGUUUUUUAAAGUUUUAUUUUUCACAAUGACUUUUUUAGUAACAUCAGAACAGAGGCCAUAGAACUUAUACUAAGGGCUAUAAAUCUGUCCAAAGAUGAAGCACAAAUAACAAUGCAAUGAGAAUAGGUAAGAAAUUGCUUAAAUAUUUUACAUACAUUGAUAUUAGCCAAAUAGUCUGAAUUUUUAAUUAAAUAGGUUAUCAUUUUCUAUAGGCAGGAUACUGAAACACAAUGUAAUUAAGAUUGGGAAAUCAAAUUUAAAUAUAUAAAUAUUGAAAGAAUAAGCAACAGUUAUUUAUUAUUAGAAGGGAUAUCAGAGAUAUUAAGGGAAGGAGGCCACCCGUUCUGUCUCUAGAAGUCUCCAGUUGCUGAUCAUGCCAGUGACCUGUGCUUUGCCUCAGUGCUUUCUCCCUCCCUCCCCCUUUUCAGCCAGCUGAACACUGGUUCUAUUAGGCUCUCUGACAAUGAUGUUACAGUCUAAGAGGUGAUGAUUCAUGGAUAAUGAAAUUACGCUCUCCUUCUGGGGAAGGAUAAUGCAGAGUCAGAUUCAUGGAUUUGGCAAAGGUUUUUAGGAUGCUAUAGGUGCACGAUCCAUCUUCUCUUCCCUUGACAUUUACUAAGAUGAGAACUCAAAUAGUUUAUUUAAAGUGUGGAUUAAACAAGCAUCAGAAACAAGUAUCGGAACAGGAAGCCUAAGACAAAAUGAUUUACAGAUAUGACAGAUGAGAAUUACUGAGCCAUGAGAAAUAAAAAACUCAGGAAUUAUGUUGCUUGUUCUAUUCCUGUUUUCCCUGGGUUCUUAUUAGAAUCUAGACCUGCAGCAAAUCCAUGCAGUUUUCUAUUCUUGUAUUCUUUAGCUAGAUACAUAAAAAUCAGAGGCAGUUGGGAGAAACUAUGGGCAAGAAAAAUAAUAUCAGUACAUUUAAAUGAAAAAGCUAAGUUAAGUGGAAUAGAAUAGAUCAAGCUUGUAAAAGUGGCUUUUGAAAAGGGAAAAAAUAUACAAGUGAAAGUGACUAUUGCCCUAAUCAUAAGUCUACAGAUUUGGACCCAAUUUUUGCUUGACCUCCAAAGUCAUUGGUGAUUUUGAUUUAUAAGGUAGAAUACAAUAAAAAUGCUUCAGAAAAUAGUAAAUAAAAUUGUUUAUAAUUCCUUUUCAUUUGCAGAGAAUAUUAUAGCCACAUAUGGUAGAAUAUGGGCCUUGGAAAUCGAGAUAUAAAUUCAAAAUUCUCUACCAUUUACUAAUCAAGUGUUUUCAAGACAACUUUUAAGUUUUUUCUGGACUAUAACUUUCUCAUGUAAAAAUGGAUACAUUCUAUUGAUUAUUCAUGAUUAUUGAAAGGACCAAAUAUGAGCAGUACUUUGUAAACACUAAAAUGGAAGCAAUCCACUAUUUUCAAAGAGCACUCAGUGCUUCUUGGUGAGUGUACUGGUAUUCUAUGUUUGGCAUAGGUCAAAAAGCAAUUGAGAGUCUAUGUUACAGAAGUCCAAAUUCAUUUAUAUCAAUAUGAGUAUAGAAUUUAUCUUUGACCAUUCCAUGUUGUCCAAAUCUAGCAUUUUGUCAAUAGUGGUGACAAUUCUACAACAGACAUAAAGAUACCAACCAAAGUAUACAGAACCAAAAACUUACCAAACAAAAUCAAAAUUUUAGUUGUGCCCCAAAUCAAGUCAGGAUAGCAAGGGCUUUCAAUCAACAGAGAGGUUUAUUUGUCCAUCCCCUCUCCCAGAUCACUCUUUUCAGCCCAUGUUGACUUUAAACUAUAUAAUUAUGAUAUUUACAUGGCAAGAUGACCUCAUUAUUGAGCAAUCAGUAAUUAUUCAUAACAUGGGACUGUGAGAAUAGCACAUAUUCUAGGCAUCAAUCACAGAACAUCUAUUCUGUUCUUGUCCCUCCUAAACACACCCUAAUGGUAAGCUGUACACAAAUUUUCUUCCUAGGAUAAAAAAUAUUAAUAACUUCAUCUUUCAGUUGUAAUCACUGAUAUUCACUGUAUUAAAAAAUAAGUAGUAUAAAAGUACAAGUUAUUUUUGUCUUUUAUGAAUAACAGCAUACUUGCUUAUAUAAAAUCACAUACUUAACUCAUCAAAUAAUAACCAGUAUAAUCAUAAAUCUCUCUCCACUUCAUGUACUGGGGCUUACAAAGUACAAAGUAACAGAUGUAUUCCCAAAAUUCUUGUAACUUAAGCAGACACCAACUCUUCUGCUUUGAUAGCUAAAUUCCUAUGACAUCUCUAGAGAUCACAGAGAGAGGAUGGUGGUUUCUCACAGGAAUGAGCACUUAAGAAUGUUAUGCUGCUUUUACUUCAAAGGGUAAUAGAUGAGUGUUCUUGAGUUAGGUCUCCUGAAGAAGUCAAGAGAACUCUGGGAGCUCAUAGAGGAUAUAUGGAAUAGUCUCCAGAAUAUAUGGCUCAUAAAAUAAGACCAAGCAGAUCCAACAUAUUUUACAACUGUGCUUUAUAACAACAGAGCUUCUAUUAGCAACAAAUAAUCCAUUUUAUUGGUUAAAAAAGAAAAAGAACUUUUAUCAUCCUUAUCAACAAAUAUUUUAAUGAAAAUUACUAACUUUCUUGACAAUACUCUAUGCUGUGAAUUUUUAUUAUUAUUUUCAUGGGGUCCUACUCCUCCCAAGAAGCAAUUUUCUUCAUUUCUUUCUCCCAUUCUUAAAAUGUUUGUCUCCAAGGCCUCUACUCCUUAUAUCAUAGUAAAGUCAUCCCAAUAAAAUUCACACAAUUUGAACAUUUCACACAAAUAAUAACCUAUCUUCAACAGAAAAGAUAUGUGCAUGAUAUAUUAAAAUAAAAGACAAACUUAACUGGCUGACACUUUAUCUUUCCAGCCUGUAAAACACGUUAAAGAAGUGAUAUUCUGAUUUUCAAUAGAAAAAAAAAAAAAAAAGAGGAAAUUUGGCAGAAUGAUCAGUCUGAUAAAUAUUAAACCUUACUAUUUUCCCUUUUAAUUAACUAACACCAAAAAGUAAAGUACAGGAUUUAGGUAUUGGAUUACUCCUCUGUAUUUCACCAAUCAAAAACACUCCUACAUCAUAAUCAUAAUUUUGUUUUCUCAGGGAUCAAAUGCAAACAUUUUCCCCUCACAUAUGAAGUGAUAAACACUAUAUCUAACAAAAGUAUUUUUAAUUAAAGCUUCAUCAUAUUAAUUCUAUCUAUUCUAAAUGUAAAAUACUUUUAGCCAGUAAAGAUCAAAGGACCUCAAAUAAGCCCUCUAGGUGCUCAAGUCUAUUAACAAUAUGAUAGUAAAAAGACAAUGUUCUCCCAUAGAUAGAUUAUCAUAUAGGGAGGAUAUGCUGUUGAAUACUGUUUCUGGUUUAAACCAGGUGGCCCCACAUGUAACCAAAUUGUGCUUCUCAUCAUUAAUAACGGUCUUCUGUACUUUCUGAAAGAAGCAAAAUGCUUACCAGCCUCCAUUUGAUGCAAUUAAUCAGACUCAUAAGAAAAACUGUAGAAUACAUUAUGUUGAUACUGAAGAAAUACCAACUUUAAAAACUCUGAUAAACUUGUGACAAGAUUAUUACAGUAAAAAAUGCUAAGUCACAAGAAUGAAAACACUCUAAGAAUUUUACAACAGUGAAAACAGUAAGACAUUUCAACACUGACUCAGCACUUUGAGAUCAAUCCUGACUUGUACUUGACAACUUAUGAGAGGUUUGCACAAUUUGUACAGAAAUUUGAAGUGAAAAUUCAUAAAGACUGGAAUUGUGUACAGCCAUAUAUCCAAUGCCAGGGUAGGUAACAACUUAUGAUAAUAAUGAAAAAUAGAAUAUUUGAAAAUUUGUAUAAUUUAGCAGAAGCUAUAUCAUAUAAGUAUUUUUUCCCACAAAGUUAGGCAUGUUAUAGAGUCCAAAAGAAAAACAGGCCAUAUUUUACUGUAUAUUUUAUUAUAUUUUUAUAUGUGUGUCUAUGUAUCUUGUGUAACUGAGUCCUUAUUUUGUAUAAGGAAUCUAUGUAUAUUAUGUCAUGAUUUGAUAAGAAGACUUUUAUAACUUUCAUAAUAAACUCAUUUUUUUAAAAUACACAAACAGGCCUUUCAGUGAAUUAUCUAUUAAUCGUAUAUAUUUUUAUAUCUUUAUAAGUCUACCCA